AGAAAUCUAGGGUUUUCCAAAUCUUUCGAGUGUUUUUAAACGCCGUUCGUCCUCGUCUUCUAUCUCUAUUCACGUCUGAGCAUUCAAAAAAUAAAAAGUCAUGGGGUUUGCGGCGAUUUGGAACUCUCAUCCCAAGAAGUACGGGCCUGGUUCCCGCACCUGCCGUGUGUGCGGAAACUCACAUGGGCUAAUCAGGAAGUAUGGUCUGAACUGCUGUAGGCAGUGCUUCCGCAGCAACGCCAAGGAAAUCGGAUUCAUCAAGUACCGUUAAAGAUCUGGUGUUGUUUAUGCAGUUGCAGUCAUUUUGUUUUCUUAAGCUUUUGAGACUUCAAUAUUGUAAUGGAUCUUAUUAAUAUGCAAUACAUUUGAGUUGUUGAACGUUUUA